UCGUCCUCCGCCUCCCUUCUCACAGUGGGGGUCGAGAGGGUGGCGGUACGGGGAUUCACCUCGCCCACCGAUGACCACCACGGAGAGCACGUAUUUGAGGCCCACUGGUUGGAUGGCUGUGUCUCGUCUGUGGUCAGAACUCGGCAGGAAGUGACAGAGCUACUCUCCCAGCUAGCCGACGCGUUUCCUGAGGAAGGACUCGACAAGUUGUCCCUCCCCCCCCUGGAGCCGGACCCCAGAGUUGGGGAGUCUGCUGCAGUACCAAGGAGCCAGCAGGGUCACCCUCCCCUCGCCCCGACCACCGGGGCCCAGUUCCUCUCCCUCUCCCACUGCCUGCCCGCGGCCCCCGCGGCCCCCCCGGCCCCCUCCUCACAGGGCCCCGCGCCCGAGCCCAACGGCAUCCUGGACUGGCUGCGGCGGCUGCGGCUGCACAAGUACUACCCUGUGUUCAAGCAGCUCAGCAUGGACGAGUUCCUCGCGCUGACGGAGGAGGACCUGAAUAAGUAUGACCUCACCCAGGGAGCCAAGAAGAAGCUGAAGACCCAGCUGGAGCUGCAGAACCGGGAGAUGAAGCUAGAGAAGCGCUAUGGUGCCCCCCAGUUCCUGGGCUCCUGUGGUGGCAUCGCUAUGGUUACGCCCUCCAGCCACAUGAGGCCCUCCUCACAUCCCGCAUCCACCGGAGAGCUGAGGGUGGAUGUGGAAACCGGCGCCCACCACCAGGGGAUCCCCGUAUCCAGAGACGGGAGCUCCUCCUCUGGGUACUCCAGCUCGCUGGGCUCCCCCCGGUCCCCGUUGCGCCGGAGCACAGCUUUCGACAGGACUAAGGAUGUUCAUAGACCGCUGGGGGGGCCGGAGCAGGAGCGCGCCUGCCUGCUGCUGCUGGGCUCCAGCGCGGGACGUCCCACCGCCCAGGUCCUCCCCGUCCAGACCGACCCGCCCCCCCCACUCCCAGCGCCCCCUCCCCUGGCCUCCCUGCACCCCCCCCACCCCGGGUACCCCCACCACCACCCGCUGCUGGCCCUCACCUCGCCGCGCAAGCUCCGCCCCCUCCCCAUGGGCCCCGACGACAGGACCAAGGCGGGCCUGGCCCCCCCGGGCCCGGGCGGGGGUCCCGGCCCGGGGGGGCUGCGGCUGGACGCGCUCCAGGACCCGGGGGGGUGUCGCGGCCUGAUGGGGGGCGGGGCCGUGGGGCUGAUGAUGGACACUAGCUCCGCCCUCGCCCCCGCCGCCAGCAGCCUGCAGCACGCGUCCCACGGCCCCCCCGUCCACUUCCACCUCUCCUCCGCCCCCGCCCCGGCCGCCUACUACUCCUACCCCGCCGCGCCGGGCAGCUACUGCUCCGCCCCCGCCGUCACGGCCAGCCCCUCCCCCUCCCCUCCCUCCUCCGCCUCCUCCUCCUCCUCCUGCUCCUCCUCGCUGGACGGCCCCCCCCCUGGGGGGGCCAACAACGGGGUGGGCCACCACCCCCCCCCGUCGGCGUGCCCCUGCAGCGCGUGCGGUUGCCACGGUGGCGGCUGCGGCGCGUUCGGGGCGCUGCCGGGCUACGCGGCGGCGGCGGGCUACCUGCGGCCCUUCCCGGCGGCGGCGGGGGGGGCGGGGCCCUCGCUGUUCGCCCUUGGCCCCGUGCUGCACUUCAGCCCGCUGCUCCCCUCGCCCUCCUCCUCCUCCUCCUCCUCCUCGCCGUCCCCCGGCAGCGCCCCCGGCGGGGGACCCUUCACCUACCCGCUGGUGGCGCCUCAGGCGCUGUACCGCCACGGCCUGCUGUCACAUGACCUGCACCCGCCCCCCCCGCUGCAGCACGGCUGCGGCGGGGGGGGCGGGGGGGGCGGGGCGUACACGGCGCCGGAGACGCAGAGGAACGGCGCCCCCAAGCGGCCGGCGGGCGGCCUGUCGUGCUACAACUGCGGGGUGGGCGGGCACCGGGCCGAGGACUGCAGACAGCCCCCCAUGGACGCCCAGCAAGGGACAUUUCGACUCAAGUACAUCCCCCGCCCUGACAUUCAGGAAUCUGGGGAAUGACACAGUCCCCCCUCAUCCCCAACCCUGCAGCCAAAGUAUGGGGGGAAGUUGGCGUAAACUUCUAGAGACUGUUGGAUAUAAUGGGAAUUUUAUGGGAAAGUACUUGACCCACUUUAACUAUCCAUCCCAAGCCUUCUUCAUCACCUCUGUAUCGUAGAGACAUGACAUCACGGAUAUCCUCGGGAUCGGAAUGGGGGCAGGUAGCUCAGCACACCUGUCGUCCAAUCAACUCCUUGUAUAUUUGUAACCAUGCUGAAAGAGUCAGGCGGGAACUGAUCUCAUGUGGUGUGAGGAAGAGCUUUACUCUGUUCUCUCUGUCCCUCCUUCAUCACAACUCACACUACAAGCUGCUCCUGGGCUCUGUUCUGCCCAGAAGCGGGAAUACAGUAGAGAAUACAGUAGAGAAUACGGUAGAGAAUACAGUAGAGAAUACGGUAGAGAAUACAGUAGAGAGAGCUCUGGAGAGCUGAGGUCUGCACUGUUCUGCCCUACCAAAUAUUAUGGUCUGUACCUGCUGCAUCAGCAACAACUCAUUUAGGGCGAUUUUUGUUAUGGAUGUAAUUUGUUAUAUAACAGUAAAUCAUACAUUUUUUAAGAUAAUUUGUCAAAUGCAAAUUUGGGAAAGCCAAUUCUAUUUAUAAUAUUAUUAUUUGAUCGCACAUUGACAUGCAAUUUUAAACUGGAACUAUUCAGAUCUUGGGUUAUACAGAAACAAAGCAAUGUUUCAUUUUGCUGACUUUUCAAGAAUUAAAAAUAAAUGUACAUGCGUAUUGAAGAUAUUGACAAGGAUAGUUCAUACCUUGCUAGUCUUGAAUGGAACCAAAGCAAUAUAGAUUAGAACAUACAAAUAUGAAGAAAAAACUAAAGAUUUAUUCAGAAUUCAAAUGCAUUCUUCUUUAUAAGGGAGGCAGUUAAAAACCUAGGAUGUUUUAAUCUGCAUUUUUCUUUUACUUUCCGUAACAGGAUUUACAAGUUAUUUGAACAUGUUGCCAUUGGUCACCUCAAUGUAUUACUUUUUUCUUUUUUAUAGCUUGAGUAGUACAAUUUGUGCAUCCUUUGUCAUCACAGCCCAGAUUAUUUGUGUUUAUUACACGGGUCUUCUCAACGCCGUGGAACGCUCCGUUCACUUGUAUGGGCCCUUCACAACUUCCGGCGGUGAAUUAUAUUUGAUAAUUCACCGUUGCUAAGUAUAAUUGACCGCUGUCAAGGAAAACAAAGGAUUUUUUGCCUCUAAUGACGUCUUUGGUAUCACUCCGCAAGUAGUCCGGUAACUUGUCAACCCCAGCGUCUUCGGUUGCUAAGCGACGUCAACGUCUUUGGCGGACUAUUUCUCUGCUGAUAAACACUACGAAUGCUGGUAACAAAUAAAUUGUAAAAAGACACACCAUGGGAAGUUAUUUUUUCGUUUUUGCCAAGUAGCCGUGUAAUAAGCGGGAUAAUGUAUAGAACGUCGCCGGCCUUUAUCGAAAAUUAGCCCCUUCAGGGCGAAGCAAGACACCUCCGCUGCGCGUCGGUUUGCCCUGUCGGGGCUUAUUUUCCCGAUAAUGACCGGCGUUCUAUACAUUACCCUUGACAUACUUAUUUUAUGUCAAGGGUAUAUCAGUAUCUGAAAUGGGUAUGUUAACUUUUAGUAUCAGGUUAUUGACUAACUUUUACAAUGGUUCAAUGUGUUGGUGGUUGAUUAUCUCAAGCAAACAACUCUGAUUGCAUUGUUAAAAAGCACAUUUUCCUGUGUGUGUGUGUGUGUGUGUGUGUGUGUGUGUGUGUGUGUGUGUGUGUGUGUGUGUGUGUGUGUGUGUGUGUGUGUGUGUGUGUGUGUGUGUGUGUGUGUGUGUGUGUGUGUGUGUGUGUGUGUGUGUAUGUAUAAGUGUUUUGCAAUACAUAAGUUGUCCGGCAGGGCCCGACAACUUUCCGACACAAGGACAGCUGGUCCUGCAGAUGCCAUCAUGCGCCCCUGGAGGGCGCUGUACAUAGGGAGAGUAUAUUUAAAACAACAGGUUUCAACUCUGUGGAACUAAUUGCAUGUCAUGUUCACAUUAAAAUUACAAAAUAAUUUGUAAUUUCUUGGGAUUUUCUAUGUUGUUUUCUGUUCCAAAGUCUAAAGAGUCCAGAAGAAAUAAGAUUGUCAAAAAUGUUUUAUUCAUUAUGCUGCAUCUAAAAGCUACUGUUGCUUUCACCAUGUUUUUAGGAUUGUUCUUCACCAGCAGUGUUGAUGGGAAAUGAUUGAGAAAACAAAUUCAGAUGGGGGCACUAUAAUAAGCAAGUUUACGUUUUGGCUAAUAACGUCUGAACCUAAGGGAAAUCUAACCAUAUAAACCAAGUCUGCAGACCAGAAUCUCUGCUUGUCUGAAUUUUUGGAAAAACCCAAAUCAUGAUUUCGUUGGCACUGCAGUUGUGUACAGUAUUUUUUAAAUAGAUGUAUAUUGAUCGCUGCAGGGCAAUGACAACAACUGGUGUUAUAUUUUCCAACAGAUGAAUAUUUUAAUGUAUUCCAGCUUUUGAUAUAAAUAAAAAUUGCUUUGACAACGUGUGUGUG